CCAUGAGGUGUCAACAUGAAGAAUGUCACUGAAAUUACUACAUUUGUACUGAAAGGAUUCACAGACAAUCUUGAACUGCAGAUCAUCUUAUUCUUCCUGUUUCUAGCAAUCUACUUGUUUACUCUGAUGGGAAAUUUGGGACUGAUUGUAUUGGUCGCUGGGGAUUCCCGGCUCCACACCCCCAUGUAUUAUUUUCUGAGUGUGUUAUCAUCUGUGGAUGCCUGCUAUUCUUCAGUAAUUACCCCCAAUAUGUUAGUAGAUUUUAUCUCAAAAACUAAAGUCAUUUCAUUCCUGGGAUGUGCAACACAGAUGUUUCUCGCUAUUAUUUUUGGGACGACAGAAUGCUUUCUCUUGGCUGCAAUGGCAUAUGAUCGCUAUGUAGCAAUCUACAACCCUCUGCUAUAUUCAGUCAACAUGUCACCUAGGCUCUAUGUGCCACUCAUCAUUGCUUCCUAUGUUGGUGGCAUCUUGCAUGCUACUUUACACACAGUGGCUACUUUUAGCCUAUCCUUCUGUGCAUCCAAUGAAAUCAGACAUGUCUUUUGUGACAUCCCUCCUCUCCUAGCCAUUUCUUGUUCUGACACUCACACAAACCAGCUUCUACUCUUUUAUUUGGUGGGCUCUAUUGAGAUAGUCACUAUCCUGAUUGUCCUGAUCUCUUAUGGUUUCAUUCUGUUGGCAAUUCUGAGGAUGCAUUCUGCUGAAGGGAGACGAAAAGUCUUUUCUACCUGUGGCUCUCACCUAACCGGAGUGUCAAUUUUUCAUGGUACAGUUCUUUUCAUGUAUGUGAGACCAAGUUCCAGCUACGCUUUGGAUCAUGACAUGAUAACGUCAAUAUUUUACACCAUUAUGAUUCCCAUGCUGAAUCCUAUUAUCUAUAGUUUGAGAAACAAAGAUGUAAAAGAGGCAAUGCAAAAAAUGCUUAGGAAAAAAUGGUUUCUCAAUAAAGUAUAUGUUCACAGUAAAAAUUAA